UGUGGAGAGAGAGAGACCCUAUCUGAUGUGUAUUUUUUUUUUUGCUUCCUGCACUUCACUUUGGAAAUUUGCGCUCGUGUGGUCGCGCUCCCAGCUGCGCUCACCUGCCGGCGCCGUGAGCUGCUGGAUCAUAACACUAAUUCUUUCAUUUUUAUUAUCUUUUCACCGGGAUUGUUACCCUCCUUUUAGUCUCAGUCAUGAUUUGCAUCAUUUUCCUAUUUCCUGUCAUGUGAAAGUGACCGGCUGUAGGUGUUUUUACGCUCGAAUUUGCGCCAAUAUGUAAUAUUUUUCCUCUUCAGAAGUGGACUAUUUUCCAACUGGAUUUUCUUCUUCAUUUAUUUUUUAAAACAGUUUGUGCUUUAGUUUGAGGACCAGAACAGACUGAAUCAGUGAUGCUCUGGGACUAUCAGAACUGAAGGAGCGGAUUCUGUCGUUUAGAAGCUGCUUUUUGGACUGGUAAGGAAAAAUGAAAGCUCCAAUCCCACUUCUGAUCUUGCUUUAUGCGUUUGUGGUCCAUUGCCAAAAAGAUGUGGUGAAGAGAGGCCCUGUGGAAGGUUGCACAGACUGGUCGGUGGACUAUCUGAAGUACAAAGUGCUGCUGGGGGAGCCUGUCCGGAUUAAGUGUGCGUUAUUUUAUGGAUAUAUCCGAGCCAACUACAGCCAUGCUCAGAGCACGGGACUUAGCCUCAUGUGGUACAAAAGUGCAGGACAUGGAGACUUUGAGGAUCCCAUCAGUUUUGACGGCACGAGGACGAGCAAAGAGGAAGACGCUAUCUGGUUCCGACCAGCCGAGCUGGGCGAUGUGGGCUUCUAUUCCUGCGUGCUAAGGAACUCCACGUACUGCAUGAAGGUGUCCAUGUCUCUCACGGUGGCGGAGAACGACACAGAGCUCUGUUACAACUCUAAAAUGAGGUUCUUUGAGAAGGCAGAACUAAGCAAAAGCAAAGAGAUUACCUGCCCAAACAUUGAGGAUUAUGUACAGCCGGGGGUGGAACCUGAAAUAGUAUGGUACAAGGAAUGCAAGCCAAAGCAGUGGAGGCAAACCAUAGAAAGAAGAAGGGACAUUCUGUCCAUCCAAGAAGUGAGGGAGGAUGACAUUGGGAAUUACACCUGCGAACUGCCUUUUGGGAAUUUUGUUGUUCGGAGGACUACAGAGCUCUCAGUCACAGCUCCCCUGACUGACAAGCCGCCGAAAAUCCUUUUCCCUUCAGAGAGCCAAAUGAGCGUCAUGGAGAUGGCACUAGGAAGUCCCGUCAACCUGACGUGCAGAGCCUUCUUCGGCUACAGCGGGGAUGCCAGUCCACUUAUCUACUGGAUGAAGGGGGACAAGUUUAUUGAGGAUCUCGAUGAGGAACGAGUUCAAGAAACCGACAUCAAGACAAUCCGGGAGCACCUGGGGGAGCAGGAGGUCUCCAUCUCCCUGACCAUCGAUGCUCUGGAGGAGAGCGACCUGGGCAACUACUCCUGCUACGUGGAGAAUGGUCACGGGCGGCGGCAGGCCAACGUUCAGCUCACCAAGAAAGCGGAGUUGAUGUACACGGUGGAGCUCGCUGGAGGUCUGGGAGCCAUCCUGCUGCUGAUGAUCUGCCUCGUGACUCUCUACAAGUGCUACCGGAUCGAGCUCAUGCUCUUCUACAGGAACCACUUUGGCAGCGAAGACAUCGACGGGGACAACAAGGACUACGACGCCUACCUGUCCUACACCAAAGUGGACCCGGACCAGUGGAGCCAGGAGACCCGGGAGGAGGAGCGCUUUGCCCUGGAGAUCCUCCCCGAUGUGCUUGAAAAGCAUUAUGGGUAUAAACUCUUCAUUCCAGACAGGGACUUGAUCCCCACAGGAAGUUUCACCAAUGAUCAUUUCCAGGAUGAUACAAGACUCCUUAGAGCCUACAUCGAGGACGUAGCGCGCUGUGUGGACCAGAGCAAGCGUCUCAUCAUCGUCAUGACGCCCAGCUACGUGGUGCGGAGGGGGUGGAGCAUCUUUGAGCUGGAGACACGGCUGCGCAACAUGCUAGUGACCGGCGAGAUCAAAGUCAUCCUGAUCGAGUGCGCCGAGCUGCGCGGCAUCAUGAACUACCAGGAGGUGGAGGCCCUCAAACACACCAUCAAAAUGCUAACGGUCAUCAAGUGGCGCGGGCCGUCCAGCAACAAGCUCAACUCCAAGUUCUGGAAGCAGCUGCUCUACGAGAUGCCCUUCAAGCGCAUGGAGCCCCUGAGCAUCUCCCACGAGCAGGUGCUGGACGUCAGCGAGCAGGGCCCCUUCGGCGAGCUCCAGACUGUCUCCGCCAUCUCCAUGGCCGCUGCCACCUCCACCGCCAUGGCGACGGCGCACCCUGACUUGCGUUCCACCUUUCACAACUCUUGCCACACCCAGAUGAGGCAGAAACACUAUUACCGUAGCUACGACUACGACCUGCCGCCCGGCGGCACGCUCCCGCCGCUCUCGUCUCUAGGCAACCAGCACACCUACUGCAACAUCCCCAUGACGCUCAUCAACGGGCAGCGGCAACAGUCCAAGUCGCCGCGCCAGCAGAGCCUCGAGGAAGCCCACGCCAACAACGCCAUGCUGCCGCUGCUUCCCAGAGAAACCAGUAUAUCCAGCGUCAUCUGGUGACAGAGCCAGACGGGGUGGAUUCGUACGAUGUCUGUCACGUAGAAGACUCGGAACCGGAUGGGCGGAUGCCUCUGAGAUACUUGCUGCUGAUAAAUUUGCACGAGGAAAACAACGGGAGAACAUUGGACUAACAAAAGCCAGAAGAGGUGGGAAUAAAAAAAUCUUUUGUUUUGGUCCAAUAAGAGCUUUUAUUAAAACUGAACACUAAAAAAUAAACGAGAUGAACAUUUUUGUAUGCCUGUAUAAACACUCGCGUAACACAAGCCAACACCUACGAUCAUUACCUGGAGAGUCGAAGGAAUACAGGGUCUUGUACAUAUGUUUUUCUAAUUCUUUGUAGCAACAGUGACUUGUUUCUUCAUCAGUUGGGAUUUUUAUUUCUUUCAUUUAAGUUUGUACUAAAGUAAAGCGAUGGCCUGUAUGAUGUGUUGGUAAAACCGUUGUUACCUUUAUCCUAAUUUGUUGGCUGGUGUCGUUUAUAAAGAUUUUGGCGGGCUUUUUUAAAAAUGUAUUUAUUUUUUCGGAGGCCACAGCCCUCAGGAAAAAGGGUACAAUAUCAGGGUUGAGGGUUUCAACUCAACCAGAUUAUGCAACAUUUAAAAGAACAGAGUCGAGUUGGCGGGAUGGGUUCCCCCGAAUGUUCGAAUGCUUUCGGAAAACGGAGAAAAAGGUGCUAGGCUUCACAUCUCCUGUUUAUCUCAUUUUCCUUUUAAAAGAACAGCCUUGCUAUUUACAUAAACAGAUUAUAUCACUGAAAAGUAAUUAUGUGUAUUAUUUUAUGAAGAAAGUAUAUUUUUGUAACUGAGGAAUAUUUGCUUAGAGAACUUAUGGAGUUUCUGAUGAUAGAAAUUAAUGGGGUGGGAAAGUAUUUAAAAAAUGUUGUUUUGUUUAACUGCAUAGCUCACAAAAAUCAACGAGUCACUCACUAAAUGUCCUUCGUCGUAAAAUGAAAAGAGGCUUCUGUUUCCAUGACUGAAUUUAGAAGAUUUAACAAUCUGAAAGACUUUAUAGCAGCUCAGCUGUUUCUGUUUUCUUUUUCUUGUUUUUGUCGAUUUCACUGUCGUUUCAGCGACUCACGACCACUUUUAACGGGGAUGAAGCUACCGAUGAUGUCAGCACGGAUGGAGGAGAAAGCCGUCGUCAUGCGAAGCAUUUACCCGGUUUCCUCAACAGGACCAAACAAGGCUGUCCAGGGCUAAAACCGUCAUCUCCGUUCCCCAUUUCCUCCAUUAAGACAGCUUUGUUUUAGUUUGCCAUCCCUCUUGAAGUGAUUCGUCUGAAUUACAGCGAAAGAAAAACAGGGCUUUCUUUAUUCUCUUGCAGAAGAACUCAUUCAGGCAGAAAUGGGUGCUUUGAAGAUGCUUUAGAGAGGGUCCAAAUCUGUUGGUAAACCAAUCUGAGGUGGAUUUAUGUGGAAAUGUGAUGAACAAUCACUGUAUAGUUCUUUAAACAGCCCUCGUUUGGAGAAACUGUUUAUAUGAGACCAGAUUGACAAGCUAACGGCUAAUCCUAGCUAGAUCAGGAUCAAAGUAGAUCACUGGCACAUCAAAAGAACUAUGAUCUCAAACGCUUUAUAGCAAAUUAUGAUAUAACUACUUUAUAAACCUUAACACCACCAUUAAUUUAGCAUUAUUUGUUUAUUCUGGCACAUGUAAUCCUUCAGGAAAUGCCUCAGGCUGCCCAGGAAAUCUAACAGCUAGCUACUGCUGCUGCUACUAGCACUUCUUAAAAGCAUCAUAGAUCUAUGUGAAUACUAAAUUAGCACAUCUAGUCAGCAAACAAUGAUUUCUUUAGAUACCCACAAUAUGAAGUAAACAAUGAUUUCUUUAGAUACCCACAAUAUGAAGUCAUGUUUAAAAUAAAAUUGUGUUAGCCUGAGAAAAGAUAAUUAGCCUAUUUGAAAAAACUAGACAUAAAUCAGGAAGCCCGGUGAUAAAUUAUGGUAAUGGCAUAGAAACAAAAUUUUUGCAGUAUAUGUUAUAAAUUAGGCUAUCUAGUCUUGUUCGUGGAUCAAAGUUUAACAGUUUCAUUAGAUAUUUUUUAAAAAUACGUGCAUUUUAUUUUUAUACCUUUUAUAAAUACACGUGUGUUAGCAUUAGCGUCAGCGCUAGUAAUUAUAACCUAAUGUGACUGUUGAUGACAUCAUGGACGUAAAUGUGGCAUAAAUCACCAUCCAGCAGUAAAAUUGUGAAAUAAGAAACUUAUUUCAUUAACGCAUGCUGUUAUGUGAUCAGGGUCGCAAACACAGACGCCCUGUGAACUGGUGCUGUGGCCGGCCUCCAUCUUGGAUGGGUCUCCAUUCGCCCCCGGUGCAUUUAUUUCUACUGAGGAAGGUGCUUACCCAACUAAAAAACACAUUUUAUCAAGCUUUUUCACAAAAUCUGAUAUGGUAUGGCAUGACAAAAUAUAAAGAUAAUUAAACAAAAUAAAUAAAAGUUAAUUAAAAUAUUAAAUCCCAUCAGAUAGGCUAGAAAGUCAAUAGAAAUCCCAUGUGAUCUGUUUUCAAUGGUACGCCGGUUGUUCUGGAUUGACUUUAGAGCAGGGAUGUGUAAACUUUUCAAGACAAGGGCCAAAAAGUCAUGUUUGAAGUCAGUGCGGGCCACAAGAAUGUGUGUUUCUUAAUAGAAAAAAACUGCAAACAUUAUUUUAUAAAAAAAAUUUCAUUUGUACUCUUUAAAAUAAAUCCAAAAUAGGCUUAUAAGUAAAAAUCUGAACACAACUAUGUUAGAAAUAUAAAUCAACAUCCUAUUGGAGAGACAAACAUUACCAUUCUACAAAUUGAAGUGGGGGUCAUACAAAAUUGCUCAGAAGGCUGGAAAUGGCCCCCGAGCAGCACUUUAAACAUCCCUGCUUAAGAGAGUGCAGAGACCCAUCCAAUAUGGCGGUAACCGUGUUACGCUUUCCAGUGCCCAGUGGGGUGUCUACGUAUUUAUGUCUAUGGGUGUUUCAAUGUCAAGGAGCCUUGCCUUGAUCCCGCCUCAGUUGCCUAGGAGAUACAUCAUCAGGAACCGCCAAGGCAUGUUCCAAUGUUCAUGUGCUGCAGAGGCAUCUGUUCUCUGUUUGUUAGCCGUUUAGCUAGCUGACCAAGGAUACAUGGAGGGUGUCUUGUUGCCUUUUCUUGGUCAAAAAUUUCCCCGAAUACAACGCUGCAUUUUCAAAAGGAUGACAGAUCAGGAGCCAGCAGCAGCUACUUCGGUGGCAAAUUUCCAGUUUAAAUGUAAGUCAACUAAUUGAAUUGAUAUCUAAAAUGCUUUUUUAAGAUCCAAAGCAGUUGCCUAAUUUGGUUAGUUGCUUAGUAUUUGCAGCUUCAGUAGCUAGCAUGUAGUAACUUGCUCACAUAUUUAAUUUAACCAAUAUAAACACAAUUUAAAAAGUGAAAGGGUCAUUAUGCAUUUAUAUUUAAAUGUAUAUGUAUAAAAUAUAACUUUACCUCAUGUGUCACGUGACGUGACGUGACCGCCACGGGAGCGGCGUAAGCAAAGCACCUGGCCUUCCAAGAUAAUGUCUGCUAUGCGUCUUGACAUUGAGUAGCACCCAAUGAUCAGGGUUUUACUGUGUUACAUCAAGUACGGUCCGGGUGGAAACGGUCCCCUAACAUUGUUUGUUCUGUCUGUUUUACAGAUGGAAUAUUUCUUUGAUCUCUUUACUCUUGGCAGAUUAACGCCUUCAAAUCUUUCAUGGUCUGAAAUCACCAUAUUGUUCAACGUUUUUGGUCCAACUCAGCCCAGCCGUUAGCUUGGGAAUCCGGUCCAAAAUAAAACGGGGAGGUUUAAAUUAGGGAUGUCCCGAUACAAGUUUUUCACUUCCGAUACCGAUUUUGCAUCCUUCAGUAUUGACCGAUACCAAUAUCAAUCCGGUACGAUAUCAGCACAAAUCAAACAUACUUGUACCUAUAUUGUAGUGUGGAAUGUAUGAAAGGCUUGAUCAGGUGAUAUUACUCAAUCGUAGAACAAGAGCCAAUAACAGUAAGUAUGAAAAAAUGACAAUACUUUUUAACCACUGGUUGUAAAAAUGUGAACCUUAAUGGACUGCUUAUAUUGAAGAUUUUUGAUUCAGUCCGAUAUAAUCCGAUAGUGUUUUGGGGCCAAUAUCGAAUUACUUUCGAUAUCGGAACAGGACAUCCCUAGUUUGAAGGUCAGAUAAUGCUUCAUUAUUUUCCACUAAAAUCCUUUCAAAAUUUGCUGAGAAAAGUAAUUGAAAAAUAACUAGAUUAAAAUAAUUAGAACAACUUUCUAAUUAUAAUUUUUACCUACCGAUCAUUUAGUGUUCUCUAAAACAACAGCUUGUUUUCCAGAAGUGAUAUAACUACGUAAGCGUGACAAGCAUGUUUAUAAACAUGCCAAUUGAGUUAUUUUGUGAGUACUAUUGUAAUAAAGAAAUAUGCUAAAGUCAACAACUCUGCCAAAUUAUUAUUUUCUUAUCCAUGAAUCCAUGAACAUUGGAAGGAUUUAAUCAGGUGAAAAGCAUCCUCACGUCACCUCAGAUCUGUGAUGGUGGCCGGUCCUAACGCCACCACUAAACUAACAUCUCACACCUCUCCUAUAGUGCCAGAGAUUAUGCAAAGUGAUGAAUUUGUAAACAAAAAACAAAGAAUGGGGCUAAUUUCCUCUUUUGUUUUUGGAGUUUUUAUUUCCAGUUUGAGGCCUGUUUUUGUUUUAUUUCAUAAUUUUUUGGUCAAUCAGUAGAAUCAGUUGUCAUCUCCCUCCGAGAAAAAGUAAAGUUUUGAUUCUGCACCUGAACAGAAAGGUCAGAUGUGCUCGCAAGUAUGGCAGACGUGUAAAUAAAAUCUAAACUAUCUCAUAAUUGAGAUGAAGACAAUCGAGCCAUGUUCAUAAAACGAUCCUUGUUCUUGAGACAUUUGAAAAUAUAAACUAGGGCUGCACGAUAUUAGGAAAGAGAGACUGCGAUUUUACGGAGUAUUGUGAUAAUAUAAAUUGCGAUAAUUUCACAUUUUUUCUUACUUUUACCAUCUCUAGCUAGCCUAGAAAGCUAGAUCUGUUCUGCAGGUCAGUAUUGCCAUGUUGCACUGUAGCAGGUCUACCAUUGGCCAGAACAAAUUUUUGUUUUGCCAAUCACAGAAUUCUACAUUUGUUGUGCGGGUUUAACACUGGAGGUGUGUCAGAAAAACUACAAAGAUUGCGUCGACUCGGAAACGACUUUGGCAUCAACUUUCAACAUGAGAUAUGAGCAUAUAUUGGUACUCAAGUCCUUUUAUUUUGAAAGAGGAUGUAUUUGCUACUUCUGUAGCAAUUAAUACGUCAAGUUGUUGCUCUGAUUGGUCCUAGCGUUGUCCAAUUGCCUGCAGAGACUGUUUAAAAGACAAACGUAGAUUCCGCCCCACGACUGGGCGGUUUCAAUGGCUCGUGGCCAGUCUAUUUACAUAUAUGAUGGCUUGCCAGGCUAAUCUCUAUCACUUAAUAACCUAAAUGUUGAAGGCAACAGUUCAUCUUAUUGGCCAAAUUCAUUUUAAUUUUUUGUACGAUGCCAACGUCACAAUGACACGACGUACCGCUGUAUUGUGCAGCCCUAGAAUUCACCCUAACUUCGGGAAGAGGUGGAAAACGCUAAAACCGGUUUGCAUUUCCUUUGCAGGAUGUUAACACUAAUAUGAUAACACUAAUGAUGAAUAUUUCUGAUGAUGUGGCUUUGAUUAGAAAGGGGUUUGAUGAAUAUUAAUGAGAAUAUAUAGCACAGAUUUAUUCCAGGCACUUUCACAACUCUGGGGACAAACGUCUCGUUUUUUUCUGAUUUGUUUUCUAUUAUGUAUCUGCAAUGUUCAUUAAAAGAGAUACUGUUAUUGAUAAUAAACCACAUUCAUGGUGUUUUUAUUC